AUGGUCCGUCUAAGGGAAAUUCCCAGAACUGCGGCUUUCGCCUGGUCACCAGGUCCAGAGACGCCUUUGGUUGUCACGGGUACCAGGGCUGGGGCUGUUGAUGCGGAUUUCUCUGAUGAGACGAAGCUGGAGCUUUGGGAUUUAAGCUUGGAUAACGACGAGCAAGGUGUAGAACUACAACCUAUUGCUAGCAUUAGCACAGACUCCAGAUUUCACGACAUUGCAUGGGCACCAGCAAACGCAGACCAUCCGCGGGGCAUAAUCGCAGGCGCACUUGAGAAUGGAUCGUUGGACUUGUGGGAUGCAGAGAAACUUAUACAAGGAGCUGAGGAUGCUUUCAUGUCUAGGACGACGAAACAUACGGGUGCUAUCAAGUCUCUUCAAUUUAACCCAUUGAAACCACAAAUCCUAGCUACUGCUGGCUCCAAGGGCGAGCUGUUCAUCUACGACGUAAACGAUAUCUCCAAUCCAUUUAGAUUAGGCACAGCUGCCGCACGAUCGGAUGACCUCGAAUGUGUUGCAUGGAAUAGAAAAGUUCCCCAUAUUUUGGCAACUGGUGGAAGCGGAGGAUAUGUUACCGUCUGGGAUUUGAAGACAAAGAAGGCCUCUCUACAAUUGAGCAACAACCGAAAAGCAGUAGGAGCGAUUGCAUGGGAUCCAAAUAAUGCGACAAAGCUUUUGACUGCUACACCUGACGAUUCUACACCGGUCAUCCUUUUGUGGGAUCUCAGAAACUCAAAUGCGCCGGAGCGUACUUUACAAGGACAUAUCCAGGGGAUUUUGUCAUUGUCCUGGUGUCAACAAGAUGCCGAUCUUCUAAUAUCUUGCGGUAAAGAUAACAGAACUUUAAUCUGGAACCCUCAAACUGGGGAACAAUAUGGAGAAUUUCCUGAAGUCACCAAUUGGACCUUCCAGACUAGAUUCAAUCCACACAACCCCGCAUUAUCUGCCACUGCGUCCUUUGAUGGAAAGAUAGCUAUCCAGACCUUACAAAACACAAACCCUACCGCAUCCCAAGCCCCUGUUGCAGGUCCAAUUGAUGGCGAGGACUUUUUCACCAAGGCUCAAACUGAGCCUCAAGGGGCUUCAUUUUCAUUGAACAAAGCUCCUAAGUGGCUUGAACGACCGGUUGGAGCUUCUUUCGGAUUUGGUGGCAAAUUAGUGAGCUUUAAUUUGUUACCCACUGCAGCAGGAAAGCCUAGAUCCUCUAAGAUCCAAAUUUCUCAAUUUACAGUUGAUUCAGACGUAGGAUCUGCUACUGAGUCUUUCGAAAAUGCCCUCAAAGCCGGGGAUAUUAAGAGCAUUUGCGAAACACAUAUUGAUCAGGCCAAGACUGAGGAAGAGAAGGCAGACUGGAAAGUUAUUGAGACAUUGAUUGCAGCCAACCCUCGAAAGCAAGUCACCGAAUACCUUGGAUUUUCUGAUGUAGACGAGAUUACGAAUGGUGUAUCAGGACUUGACGUAGAGGAUGCUGAAAAGUCGGAAGAAGCGCCAGCUGAUGCCAAUGGAGAAGCAGGAAAGAACAAUAGAUUAUCUACACUUUUCGAUGGUGCCGAAGGUGAUGACUUUUUGACGGAUAUUCCAGCAAAUAAGGGAGCCAAGACGGACAAUCCUUUCCAUCUAUUUGCUGAGUCCGAUUCGGCCUCGGAAAAACAAAUUACCAAAGCUUUGAUGCUUGGCCAGUUUGAAAAAGCGAUGACUGUCUGUCUUAAGGAGGAUCGUAUUGCUGAUGCAUUCAUCAUUGCCAAUUGUGGUGGAAAAGAGUUGUUGGAUAAAGUUCAAACUGCCUACCUAGCCAAGAAGGCAGAAGGCCCCAACUAUCUACGACUCCUUAGCUCAGUCAUUGGCAAAAACUUGUGGGAUGUUGUAUACAAUGCUGACUUGGAGAACUGGAAAGAGUCGAUGGCAACUUUAUGCACAUAUGCCGAUCCAGCUCAAUUCCCAGACCUCUGUGAAGCACUUGGUGAUAGGCUAUUGGAAUCUGGCACUGCAAAGGAUGCUUCAUUCUGUUUCUUAGUUGGUUCAAAGUUGGAGAAGGUCAUCAACAUCUGGAUUUCCGAACUUCAAGAGAACGAGAAGCAUGGCAUUGAAGAACAAGAAGGCGAUUCUACAUUCUCCGUACAUGCAAAGUCACUCCAAAACUUUAUUGAAAAGGUUACAGUAUUCCGCAAUGUCACCAAAUUUCAAGAUCCCGAGCAGAGUUUGACAUCAGAUUGGAAAUUGGCGGCUUUGUACGACAAAUAUACAGAGUAUGCGGACAUUGUUGCUGCUCACGGACAUCUCUCAAUUGCUGAAAGAUAUCUUGAUCUUCUUCCAGCUCAGUACCCUGCUGCAGAAGUUGCACGAGACCGAGUCAAGCGUGCAUCAAGAAAGGUUGCCCCUACCACUACCGUAAGACAGCCAGCAGUCUCGUCAAGAGUGCCAGCACGUGCUCAGCCAGCCGCAUAUCAACAGCCGAUUCCUGCUGCUGUGGCACCCCCAGUUCAAUCUGCUCCAAAUCCAUACGCUCCACCUGCCGCUACUGCUCCAGCUUCUAAUCCUUAUGCGCCACCCACUUCAGGUGCUUCUAAUCCAUAUGCACCUGCAGCAAGCGCUUACGCACCACAAGGUUACCAGCCACCACAACCAUCUCAGCCUGCUUAUGCACCUUCGUACGGAGCAUAUGGAGCAGCUCCAUCAGGUUAUGGAGCACCUCAACAAUCAUUUGGAGCCCCUCCUCCGAGAAACACAACUCCAUCAGCUCCACCUGCAUCUAAAGCUAAAGACAUGACAAACUGGAAUGACACACCUUUCGUAACAAAGGUUCCUACUGCUAGAAGAAGUACUCCUGUUGCAAAUCCAUUCCCAAAUCAACAGGGUGCUUCAAUGCCACCUCCAGCAAACCCAUAUGGUGCUUCCAGGGCAACCCCCCCACCUCCUCCACCCAAGGGAUCAGCCCCACCCCGUAUUAGUUCACCAUUGACGACUGCACCACCUCCCAGACCAUCAUCCACGGCCAAUGCAUAUACUCCUCAAGCACCCCCUGCUCAAUCACCAUAUGCAUCGAUACCACCACCUACAAUUCCUCGUGGAGCUUCUCCAUAUAAUCCCCCACCUACCGGGGCUGCACCUACAAGCAGAUACGCUCCAUCUCCAGCAGCACAACAAUACUCCCAACCACCUCCAUCAAAUAUCGCUCCACCUCCUCAGGGAGGUAUGAGACCACCUCCAUCUAACCCAUAUGCGCCACCGUCAGCUGCACCACCUAGCCAGUACGCGUCAUCUCAAUCACCAUAUGAAAGCCAGCCUCCACCUGCACAGUUUCAGAACCAAGGUCCGCCUCAGGGUCCUCCUCAAACUCAACAAGGGCCACCGCAAGGCCCUCCAAUGGGCGGUUCUCGACCACCAACUGGGCCUCCUAGAGCUCCUGCCGUUGCAGCUGCUCCAGCAAAACCUAAGCACCCUGCUGGUGAUAGAUCACAUAUUCCUGAAUCUGCUCAGAGAAUGGUCGAAAUAUUCACUAGUGACAUGCAAAGAGUAGCCUCGAAAGCUCCAGCAAAUUUUGCUCCUCAAGUGAAAGACACUCAGAAGCGCCUCAACAUUUUGUUUGAUCAUCUGAAUAAUGAGGAACUUGUGAAAUCUGACACUAUCGAGAAAUUGACCCAGUUGGCGGAGGCACUUCAAUCUGGUGACUACGAAACAGCAAGCAGGAUGCAAGUCGACAUUCAUCGUGAAAAGCCUGAUGAGUGUGGCAAUUGGAUGGUCGGUGUCAAACGAUUAGUUAGUAUGAGCAAAGUCACUCCUUAG